AGUGUGGUUUCAUCCUAAUAUCAACCUAUUGAUGAAGAAUCAGCAUGGCAGGCCAGCAGCAACAACAACAGCAACAACAGCAGCAAACCAUGGAAGUAGACCCCGUCUCCAAGUUCAAACUGCUGGUUCCACAUUUAAAGGAGUCAUUGGUGAAUCUGAUGAGGAUAGCAGGGCAGAAUCUUGUGCAUAAUGCAGCAAUUGAUAAUCAGUUGAAAAGUGGCGAUAACCCUUCACAAAGGGUGGACAAAAACCUUGAAGAAUUCUAUUCAACUCUUGAUCAAAUUGAGCUUAAUUUGCGGCUUGCCCAGGAGUGCCUGACCCAACACCAGGAGAGUGUGCGCCACGCCCCGCUGCCCGUCCCCAUCAUGUCCAAACCUGAACCCAGCGGGGAGGGCCAGACCAUGCCGUAUGGACAGUUCCUGGGCCUGGCGAGGUCACAGGUCACAUGUGCAAAGGAGAUCCAUGAUGCUUUAGUGCGAUGUGCAGAUGACCUUGGCGGAAAAAGAUAGCUUUCAGAAGUACCAACUUGAACCAUAGAAAAACAUGAUUGCAAAUAGCAUCACAGUUAUGUUAUGAAUCAUUCCAAGUGUGCCCUUGUCCUUGUUAUCCUAUGUUAGUUUGUAAGCAAUUUGCACUGCCGUGGUGCGAGUGAUUACAGUUAAUAAUCAUAAUUCAUACACAAUAAAGUUGGGUCAUCAAAUUCAUACAUUCAUGUUCAACAUGAAUAAUGUUAAGUGAAAUACAUGUAUGUUGUAUCAAUUAAAUAAAGCU